AUGUCUUUCGCAGGUCUCAACACAGCUCACAACUUCUCCUUCUACGCCAUCCCCGCGGCGUUCGGUAUCUCCCUUGCUCCUCAUCUGUAUGCCAUCGCGCUCUACAACAAGGAGCGAGCAGCGGGCACUGAUGCAUGGGAUUGGAACAACCCCAAGAAGAACCUCGCCGGGGUGAAAGAGGCUAAACUCUCUCCUCAAAUGGCCGAUCGAUACGCUCGUGCCGAAGCCGCGAAUGAAAAUGGAUUCUCAAGCUUGCCAUUGUUUGCAGCUGCCGUCAUCGCCGGAAACGUUGCCCGGAUUGAACCUAAAGCACUCAACUCGGCCGUGACUGUUUACCUCGCCUCCCGAAUCGCAUUCAACUUGAUCUAUAUCAACGGAACCAGCGCCCUCCUCGGAUACGCUCGAACCAUCUCUUGGUGGGUCAGUGCUGGAUCCUGCUUGAGUCUCUUCAUCCAAGCUGGAAACAAGUUUUACGGCAACUAUGCAGCAUUCUAA